AUGCGCUUGGGUAAAAAGGUUUUACUAGGGUUGCUUUUAGCUCAUUUUUAUGAUAAAAAUUGCAAUCAAUCUUACGCCAGUGAACAUCCAGUCGCUCGUAGUUCAUCGUGUCAUGCCAACAAUAAUAAAGAUGUGCCAAUUACACUUCCGCUUGACAUUGACAAAUGCGACUGGACAGAAACACGUACACCAGCACUAGUAAAUUAUCCAGAUUUAAUCACCGUUCAACAUUGUAAAGAGCAAAAAGAAAGACGUGAAUCAAGAUGUUUACCAGAAGCUGUUGAAAAAUUAAUUCAAAAAGGUUUUGGAGAAUCCGAACCGUAUCCAUGUCCUAAUUUGGGUGAAUGGGUUUUCAUUACUAUUGUAAAUCUUACCAUGAAACUUAUAUGUACGUGUGCAUUUCCUUUAGGUCGUUUAUGGUUUUUUCUUGAAUAUAAUCCCUACAUGCGUUUACUCUAUUUAACAAUAUUGAAAGCUCGAUGUUUGCGUUCUUUGUCGAAUACCAACUACACAAGGGAGCCAACAACUUUCGUUCGAGCCGAGAUAAUACCAACUUUGAACAAAGCGUAUGUCACAGAUAUUGUGAAGGAUACAUCAAAUCCAAAUUAUAAUUCGGAAACGCAGUUUUCAAUUAACUUGGUAGAAUUUAAAGAAAAUGUUCUGAAAUUAACUGUACAUGAAAUUGAUCGAGAUGUUUUCGAAACCCCAAUUGGAAGUGUUUAUUAUCCUCUCGAUCAUUUGAUAAUGGCACAACGACCGAAAGGACAUGCCAUUUGGCGAAAUCUUGUUCCAGGAAUGUUUUUGGCUUAUCAAUAUGGUGAUCCAUCGGCAAUUGGUCUCAUUCAAAUUCGUUCUACGGUCUGGUACACAUUGGAUGAACAAAUGUUGAAUGUUUACAUCCAUAGUCUUCGCUCAACUGGAAAUGUCCCUUACCUAUUUCAUGUCUAUGUUCAUAUUACUGUUGCUGUUGAUGAAUUUCCCGUUAUACCACAAGAACACAUUGAAUCAUCGCAGUUAAAACAACCAUUUUUGUACGAAAAAUGUGGACCUAUCGUUAACAUUGAGCAAACUGAAACAGCCUAUGACCAAUUAUUUCGAUUUGUUAUUUUCAAAGAUGAAUUUAAUCGUCUAACAGUGCUCAUUGAUGUUUAUAAACGAAAUGCAAAAGAAGAUAUUUGUGAAGAUAAAUUAAUUGGUCGAACAGUUCUGGUAAGUGACUCUGUUAUCAAACAGCAGUUCAUCGAACAAACAGGGUCGACAAGAAUACGUCCCGAAAAACAGUACGGUGGAUUAGAAGGAGAAGUGAGGCCAUCUCCCUUUGAACAAUCGUUUUCUCCGACAGGCUAUGAACACAUUUCACCAGACCAGAUUCACAUCGAAGAUAAGUCAAAUUCACCACCAAUAUUUAAUGAAGUUACAGACAUAGGUGGUGGUGGAGCCUCAAGAAAAAAGCGAAAGAAAAAAGUUUAUAGAAGUAAACGAAUACAGCAAAAAUAUGAGACAAACGAUGGUAUUGCUAAGGUGGAUGGUGAUGUCGUUCUCAGAAAACAUUAA